GCCUUACUUGCGAUUUCCGCCCAGUCUUUAUCUGCGAUCAAAGACAAGAAGUACACCAGACCUCCACACUCAAGCGUCACGCUCUCCCAGCACACCACUCACGUCAAGCUCGCCCUUACCACCCCACCACCACGAGUCACAUCCGUCAAUCCCUUUCUCACACCUGUUGCUCCCGGUACAGGAGCCUCUCAAGGGUCAAGUACUUUAUACGACGUAGAGAGGAAUGCAUCUUUUAUGGAUGACCGCUUGGUUGCACCUUACGAAGAAAAGGGAAUGGCAUCCUGGCCAUUGGUGUGCGAUCAAAAAGAACCAGACGAUGAAAUGCAUUUGCCUCGCGAUGACGAUGACAUACGAUUUAGGCCAAGGAUAAGGGACUACUUUACUAAGGACAGCAUCGUCUCCACCAUCGGAUUGGUCCUUGUGAUAUCUGGGCUGAUGUUCAUAUUUGUCGGAUUACCCGUCCUCUCUGCCGUGGGUCUCAUUGAUUAUAAUUCGGCAUAUGGUAUGCCGCUGAGUAUGUUGCCCUACUAUUGGGUACCUCAUACCUGGGCUACAGUGAAUAACAGACGAUACCCGCUGCUGGUUAACACGAGAAAAGGCCUGAUCGACCCCGACACGCCCAAGACCGUGAAGACGAGAAAGGGCGAACACGGUGACGAUUACAUACUCGUAUUUAGCGACGAAUUCAACGAGGACGACCGGUCAUUCUAUGAAGGAGAUGAUCCUUACUUCUUCGCCCCCAAUAUCUGGUACGGAGCCACGCAAGACCUCGAGUGGUAUGACGCCGAUGCUGUGACCACUAGUCAUGGAUCGCUUCAAAUGCGCUUGGAAGAGUUCUUCAACCAUGAACUCAAGUUCAGGUCAGGCAUGUUGAAUAGCUGGAACCAAUUGUGCUUCAAAGGGGGCAUCUUUGAGGUUUCGGUAUCCUUGCCUGGGCCAGCAGGUGUUCAAGGACUUUGGCCUGGCGCAUGGACAAUGGGCAAUCUUGGUCGACCUGGAUAUCUAAGUACCACGGACGGACUUUGGCCCUAUACUUAUCAAGCCUGUGAUGCUGGCAUCACACCCAAUCAGUCCAGCCCUGAUGGACUGUCUCACCUACCUGGCCAACGACUUCCAUCAUGCACCUGUCCAGGUGAAGAUCAUCCCACACCUGGAACCGGAAGAGGUGCGCCAGAAAUCGAUGUCAUUGAAGCAGGAGCUUUCCCAGGCUACCCAGGACCUCAAGGAUUGCCCAUAGCAACGCAAAGUUACCAAGUUGCCCCGUUCGAUAUCAACUACUACCCAAACUAUAACUUCACGGCGUUUCCAGACCUGACUUUGAGUGGGUUGAACACGUAUACCGGUGGUCCCUUCCAGCAGGCCAUCUCUGCGACGACGGUGCUCAACAAAGACUGGUACGACAAUAAGCAAUACCAGCGAUUCUCCUUUGAAUAUGUGCCCGGACAGGGUAAAGAGGCCUACAUAUUGUGGAAAGUAGGCGAUCAGACAAUGUUCUUGCUGGAUGGCCGGGCGAUUGGAGCCAAUGGCAAUAUACAAGCCCGUCAGAUAUCGGAAGAACCUAUGUCACUGGUUCUCAAUCUCGGUUUCAGUAAUUCGUGGACGUAUAUCGACUGGAAGAACUUGGUGUUUCCGACAACAAUGCAUGUCGACUAUGUGAGAUGGUACCAGAAGAAGGGCGAGAAAAUGGUGACGUGCAAUCCUCCAGGCUUCGAAACGACAGAAUACAUUGAGAAGCAUGCAAAAGCCUACCAAAACCCAAACUACACUUUGUGGGACCAAACGGGCUAUGUCUGGCCCAAAAAUCAGCUCAACAGCGAGUGCUGA